UCGCUGUUUCCCUUUGCUAGCUUAACCGUGGUUGUGAUGUUAGCCUGUUUUCUUGGACACUCCUAGCUCUUAUCCAACGGUGCUGCUAAUUGCUUCAAGCCCCCUUAGGAAACCAUGGCCGAGCAGGCCCCGGGAUCCCCUCCGUCGUCCCAACAUGACGAGGUGCUCCAGCAGCAAGUGGCAGCUCUGGAGCAGGAGCGGGCAGAGUUCAUCAAACUGAAGCAGCAGCUGGAGGCUGAGUUUAACCAGAAGCGGGCCAAGUUCAAAGAGCUCUACCUGUCGAAAGAAGAGGAGCUGAAGAGGCAGAAUGUGGUGCUGGAGGGUGCCCAGACAGAGCUGACCUCCGUCCAGGCCCAGCUGGCUCAGGCCCGGGCCGAGAUAGAGACUAUCAAAGCGGUGGCUACUGUGUCAGAAAACACCAAACAGGAAGCGAUUGAUCAGGUUCGCAGCCAGUGGCAGGAGGAGGUGGCGUCGCUGCAGGCCAUCAUGAAAGAUACAGUCUGUGAGUAUGAAGUCCAGUUCCACCAGCGCUUGGAGCAGGAGCGAGCCCAGUGGAGCCAGUACCGGGAGGCGAUGGAGAGGGAACUGGGAGACUUGAGACGGCGUCUCACUGAGGGCCAGGAAGAGGAAAAUCUGGAGGAUGAAAUGAAAAAAGCCCAGGAGGAUGCAGAGAAGCUGCGCUCGGUAGUGAUGCCUAUGGAGCAGGAGAUUGCAGCCCUGAAAGCCAAGCUGACCACAACCGAGGAGCGGGUGAAAGAGCUGGAAGCAUCUAAGGUCAAAGAGCUCAAUCAUGUUCUUGAGGCUGAGAAGUCAUGUCGAACAGACCUGGAGAUGUACGUGGCCGUGCUGAACACUCAGAAGUCUGUCCUGCAGGAAGAUGCAGAGAAACUACGGAAAGAACUACACGACGUUUGUCACAAGCUGGAAUUGGAGCGACAGCAGCACAACCAGCUGAAGCACACCUGGCAGCGAGCCAACGACCAGUUUUUGGAGUCUCAACGCCUCCUCAUGAGGGACAUGCAGAGGAUAGAGAGCGUGCUUUCGUCUGAACAGCUCCGCCAAGUGGAAGAGAUGAAGAAGAAAGACCAGGAGGAAGAUGAAAAAGCGAGGCUAAGCCAAGUGAAGGAGCUGCAUGAGGAGGAUAUGGGGGAAAACACAGAGCCCUUGGAGGACUUCCUCGGCCUGAGCAUUGAGGAGCCUCAUGCCAACAAUAGUGCCCAUGGCUCUAUGCUGUCAUUAGACACUGAGGGAGUGGCGGGCAGCCCCAUGGAUCCGUACCUGCGGAGAGUUCAGUCAACAGACAGCCUCGGUUCCUCUGUAUCUGCCCAGCAAGGCCUUGGAGGCCAGAACCACAAAGCUAAGUCAGCUAGCCACUUGGAUGAAACAGACUUUGGGCCCUUGGUUGGAGCUGACUGUGGAGUUACAGACACUAGUUUUGGGGAAACGUCAUCCAUCAGCUCCAUUAAGUUGACAGCGAGUCACUUUCUGCUGACUAAAGACCAGGAGAAGGCGAUCAAAGCCAUGACACCGGAGCAGGAGGAGACGGCGUCACUGCUGUCCAGCAUUUCCCAUGCCCCUGACACUGCAUACUUACCACCCGCUGGCUACAGACUCGUCAGCGACAGCGAGUGGAACCUGCUGCAGCAAGAGGUGAAAAAUGCUGGCAGGAAGCUCGGCCGCCGCUGUGACAUGUGCUCCAACUACGAGAAGCAGCUGCAGGCCAUCCAAGGACAGGAGGCUGAGACUCGAGAUCAGGUGAAGAAGCUGCAGGUGAUGCUGCGACAGGCCAACGACCAGCUGGAGAGGACAAUGACUGAGAAGCAGAAUUUGGAAGAUUCUGUCAAAAUAGGCAACGAGGAAACGGCUGUUAAGGUGUCUGCCCUCGUGCAGAGAGUCCAGGAGUCAGAGACGCUGCUCAGCACACUACAACAGGCCUUCAGUGACGCUAAGAGGAGCACGCAGGAGCAGAUGGCGGUGCUGGUGAAGUCGCGGGAGCAGGUGGCAGAUGAACUGAGCCGACUACAGAGAGACAACGAGAGUCUGCAGGGAAAACACAGGCUGCACGUAGAACUGCAACUACAAGAGGACUUUCAGAUGCCCAAUACUGUACAAGAGUUACAGGGCCUGGUGUUGCGGUUACGUGAAGACAUGGUGGCGUUACGCACGUCUGCUGAUCACGUGGAGGAGAAGCUGAAAGCGGAGAUUUUGUUCCUGAAGGAGCAGAUCCAGGCAGAGCAGUGUCUGAAGGAAAACCUGGAGGACACUCUGCAGCUGGAGAUUGAGGGCUAUAAGGAGGAGAUAGACAUCUUGGAAGCUUCUUUCUCCAGUUUAAAGACGGAACUGGAGCGACUAAAAGCAGAAAAAGAGCAGUUGGACAGCAGUCUAGCAGAGAAGACUGAGACACUGGCGAACAUCCAGGGCCUGAGAAACAGCCUGGAGCAGCAGCUCAGAGAGCUCACGACUGCAAAGAAUGCACUAGAGACUCAGGUCCUUGAUGAGAAAGACAAAGCUCAGCGGCUGCAGACAGAGCUGGAUGUUAGUGAACAGGUGCAGAAGGACUUUGUUAAACUUUCUCAGACUCUUCAGGUACAGUUGGAGCGAAUACGACAGGCAGACUCCUUGGAUCGCAUCAGAGCCAUCCUCAACGACACCAACUUGACUGACAUCAACCAGCUCCCAGAGACAUGAUGCCACUGAGGGAGACCUGCUUUCAGUUCCAUUCCCCUCUGUUUCUCUGGCCCAGUAACAUUAUUGAUCUGACCCUUCCUGCUCCCCAUAGCCACAGUGGAAGACUUUGGAAGGACGAGGACAGACAGGGCGCGAAGAGCUUGUGGUCUUGUGCACAUUGAAAGUCUUGGAACACACCUCAGAUAGUGUAAUGAAGAAGAAGAACACUACUAAAAAUGUAAAUAACUAAUGUCUGUCUAUAUAAGGGAGUGGAAGUCCAUCUUCCUGCGGGUCUGUCACUGUCUUGUUUCUACUGUAGAUAGGUCUGUCUGUAAUAGCUCAACCAAAAAAAGGUUUGUCAUCUUUUUACAGCACUUUUCAUCUACAACCUAUCUUUCCAGGUAAAUAGAAAGCAAUUGGACGUGUAAUUUCUCCCUUUUUGUUCUGAGCGGUUGAUAAUCGCAUCCGUGUUCCACUUGCUUGUUCCUUUGUUCAUUUUCUUGCUAGAUUUCUGUGGCAUUUUUCACCUUGUUUCGCCAAUUUCUCCCUGAUCAACCGAUGAUAUAGACACAAUGAAGGACGGAAAAUACUUGCACAUAAGUUUAGCUGGAUAAUAAGUGAAAAAUAACACAACGCAAGCAAUACCUUCCAUUUUUAACACAUCCUCCACUGUAUCGUUCUUUCCUGCUUAACGUCUGACUUUUGUUAAGCUUCAGAAAUACAGUGAAGAAACAUUA